UCAUUUCUCCAGGUCCAACCCCGUAUCUCUCCGCAAGAUCCUGAUUACUAUACAAGGACUAUAAAAGCCGUCAGAAAAUGCCCUCUCCUGCCAACUCAACACACCGACAAUGGCUUCCGAGGAAAACUCCGCUCGCCCCAAUACAGCUGAGACUGAGACUGGCCAUGAACACCCAGGAUGGUGGGAGCAUGCCCAUCUGGCCAAACUGAAUAUUGGCAUCGUCUGCCUGACCUUUUUGUCCAGCACAAACGGUUAUGACAGCUCCCUCCUCAACGGCCUCCAGGCUCUCCCCAUCUGGCUCGAGUUCCUCGACCAGCCAAGCAGCGUCUGGCUGGGCUUCAUCAAUGCACUCUACUGGAUUGGCGCAGCAACCACGACCGUGGCAGCCGCGGUCGUGGCUACCCGCUACGGGCGCAAGAUCCCCAUCUAUCUUGGCUACUUCUGCCUGGUCACCGGCACGAUCCUCCAGACAGCGGCUCCGAAUCCAGCCUGCUUCAUUGUCGCCCGCUUCUUCGUCGGCGCCAGCAUGGGUUGGAUGAAUAAUGCCACCCCGGUCCUCAUCACAGAAGCGUCGUAUUCUUCGCACCGUGGCAUCGCCAGCGCCCUCUACAUGACCAGCUAUUAUGUUGGCAGCAUUGUCGCGGCAUGGGUCACUUUUGGCACACGCUCCUGGGACUCAAGCUGGGCCUGGCGCUUCCCCUCCAUCUUCCAGCUAUGCAUGCCCACUCUGGCCCUCCCCGGCCUGCUGCUCGUCCCCGAGAGUCCUCGCUGGCUGGUCUCCGUCGGCCGAGUUGCCGACGCCCGAAAAGCUCUCGUCACCCACCACGCGGGCGAAGACGAGCAGUCUCCCUAUGUCGACGCCGAGCUGCACAGCAUCCAAACAGCCAUCACCGCAGAGCUCGAAGCGGAGAAACACUCCACGUACGCUGAGCUGUUCUCCACUCCGGGAAACCGCCAUCGCCUCUUCAUCAGCAUCACACUAGGCUUCUAUGACCAAUGGGCCGGAAAUGGGCCUCUUUCAUACUACUCUCGCUCCGACCAGCUUCUUAUUUCUGGAUGUCUGCAGAUCUGGAACCUCAUCUUUGCCCUUGCUGCGGCGCUUUCCGUCGACCGGAUGGGCCGGCGCACGCUCUUCCUGCUUUCUGCGGGGAUCAUGCUCAUGAGUUACAUCGUAAUGACGGGACUCAGCGGGUCGUUCACUGAAACCGGGAGUACGCAGACUGGAAUCGCAAUGGUCCCGUUUAUUUUUAUUUACUUUGCUGGAUACGAUAUUGCUCUAACCCCCCUCCUAACAGCCUACCCCUGCGAGAUCUGGCCCUUCCGCCUCCGCUCGCGCGGGCUGAUGGUUACCUGGAUGUCGUGCAUCGUCGCCAUCAUCUUCAACACCUUUGUCAAUCCAAUCGCCAUGGACGCGAUCGGGUGGAAGUACUAUAUCGUGUAUGUGGUGCUCUUGGUUAGCUGGUGCGUGAUCACGUACUUGGCCUAUCCCGAGACGCGGGGGCUGUCGCUGGAGGAUGUUGCUGUACGAUUUGACCGGAUUGAGGAGGCUACGCACGGAAGGGAGGUGGAGGGCGACAAGGAGGGUUGUGAGUCAUCAGUUCAGGUUGAGGGGAAGGAGGAGAGGUGA